AUGUUAAUCUAAAAGUAAUAUCGAUUAUAUUUUAGAACCAAAAUAAAGAAAAUUAUAUCUUAUUUCUGCAUACAUUACAUUUACUUUAACUUAUUUGCAUUGUUAUUUGCUCUAUUCCAAUAUAAUCGAAUUCCUUUUGCAAUUCCAUUAGGAUUGAGCAUUACCUAAGAAAUCUUAAUAUGCUAUUACUAUUCAAACAAAGAAAUCGUCAAGAUGCUUGACCAUGUUCUGCACAUUAUGGCAUACAACUUUGUUAUCAUCCUUUUCUACACAAACCUCCAAUAUUAUAUAUUUGGAAAUUUGUUUUUCCUUCUAUCCUUUGUUAUCAGAACUAAAGAAAGUUGUUAAUCGUAAGUAACGCAUGAAUAUUCUUCCAUCAUUAGAUUUUUAAAAACCUUUUAUAGAUUUUCAUAACUGAUAGCAAGCGUUUGCAUCUCCCUAAAACUUAGUAAAUACGUUGAAUGGACUUGGCCUUAAGCAUUCUGGUGGUACUGGAUGUUUCUGAGUGCUUUAGUUGGUACAAGCUUUACUUUAGUUAUUCUACUUCUAUCAAAAAUUAUUAAUGAAAUCUUCAAGCAAUAUCAGACAGUUCCUUAAGAAUAUAAAUCCCUCAUUUGGGCCCUUUACAUUUCAAUAAUAAGCAGCGUUCUUUCUAUCAUGUGGAUUAUUAACACUUUCAAUAUCUUAGGAUUGGAUAUGCCAAUUGUAAUAGGAGAAGUGCUGUUUUAUUCUACAGUUUCUUCCAAUUUAGUACUAUUUUGUGCUAUUACUAAAUUGUUUUGGGACUCCAUUAUUGAUUAUUCUGUUGAUAUAUUAUAAUCACAAAUAACUGAUAUAGAAUCACAAAGAGAAUUACCUGCGAUCUAAGUCAUUUAAUAAAAACAGUUUGAAAAAAAGAAGGCCGUUCAUUAAAUAUUUUUAAAAAAGCUCUCAUCGGCUUUUUUUAGAUUGACAACUAAAGAAGACUUAUUCUAAUAAUCGCAAAAGACUACAGAUUUGAUGACUGAAAGAGGACAAACUAAAAAAAUACUAUAAACUACAGAAGUUGAAUCCAAAUAAUUAUAAGAAAACUAAAAUAAAUUAAAUGAAUCUAAUUAGAAAUGUAUUAUAUGUUGUGAAAAUCCACCUAAUGCAGUUUUAAUGAUAUGUGGUCAUGGUGGAAUUUGUUAUAAGUGCGGAUUGGAAAUGGCUCAAAAAAGUAAAGAAUGUUUUUUAUGUCGAUAAAAAAUUGUGUUCAUUUAUGAAAUCUCCAAUUUUAAUGACGACCUUAUGAAAGUAGUAACAAUAACUAAAUUUAAUUACUGA